CUCGCCGUUUUCAACGGUUCUCAGUUUGAACUUCGGAUGUGGUUGCUGGUUGCUCCGUAGCUUUUGUGCAUGCUAGCGGCAUAACGCCGACCCAGAUAAGUACAAGUGCAUGAUUUGUGACAUGUGCUUCAAGCAAAUCUACAACUUAAAGAGGCACCUAAAGGAGGUUCACGGGGACGCUGACACGAGCUGGAUCACACUGUCCGCUGCCGCCUUGCAUGCGAUCUGUGUCCAACAGCUUGAUGCGCCACUUUGAAGCGAAACACGGGAUCGUCGCGAGGCGUGACAAGUUAAAGUUCAAUUUGUUAAAAGAAUUCAGUGACUGGAGGGAGGCUAAGGAUGGCAGAGAGCAUGUUCGCUUCAUUCUCCACGACGGACCCAAGGGACGAGAUGAGGGUGUCCUGAAAAGGUGCAAGCUGUUCCACAAGAAAGGGGACGGCUACGUGGAACGGGGCGUGGGCACGCUGUACGUGAAGUCCCUCAACGGGCGACACCAGCUGCUGCUCAGGGCCGACACGAGUUUAGGCAACAUCCUGCUGAACAUCCUGCUGGCACCCACCCUCCCUGUGUCCCGGUUGGGCAAGAACAAUGUGGCGCUGGUGUGCGUGCCCAACCCUCCCAUGGACCCAAACGAAACUUCCCCGGCACCCACGACGCUGCUGCUGCGAGUGCGCACGGCCGAAGACGCCGACGAACUCCGGGACACGCUGAACCGCUACAAGGGCCAGAGCUGAGCGCGGGCCGGCCUCGUAGAUCACUCAGUCCGUUCGAAUCAUUGUGCAGAGAAGAAUAAAGGAAGAUGCCCAGUUGCUCA